AUGGACGAUAACAGUGAUUCAGACUCGAGUAACGGUAUAGAAGUACCCUCGGAAUUGGUCGAAAAAGCAAGAGCUAUUUCCCUCAAUUUGUUGCCUAAGAAAUCAAAAAUAAAGUACACUAAAGUUUAUGAUGAUUUUAAAGCUUGGUGUAAAACUAAAAAAACGAAUUCUUUUGCUGAAGACGUUUUACUGGUAUACUUCGAGGAGUUAUUAAAAACAUUAUCGUCAGCAACAUGUUGGUCACGAUACUCAAUGUUACGAGCAACAAUUGUUGCCUAUAAUAACAUUGAUAUCUUGCAAUACAAGAGACUCAUGGGAUUUUUGAAGAGAGCACACAGCGGUUACGUUGCAAAGAAGGCAAAGGUUUUCACUGCUUGCCAAAUUUCGCAAUUUUUUAACGAUGCUCAAGAUAAUCAAUAUUUGGAUGUUAAAGUUGCUUGUGCAGUUGGCGACGUCGAAGAUCAUCAAACUAUGCUAUUAGUAAAAAUUCCAACCACGAAGACAGGCAUAUCACGUUCGUUUACUAUCCACGGGACAAUGUACGAAUACCGCAAGGAAUACAUGAACAUGAGACCAUCAAAUAUGUCUAUAAAUAGAUUUUUUCUAAAUUUCCAAUUGGGAAAUUGUACUCGACAGCCUAUAGGAAAAAUGAAAAUGGCAAAAAUGCCUAUGGAAAUCGCUAAGUUCUUGGAUUUACCUAAUCCCGAACUAUAUACCGGCCACUCGUUUCGCAGGACAUCAGCAACGUUACUUGUUGAUGGUGGAGGUGAUUUGUUGACACUCAAACGACAUGGGAGAUGGAAAUCCGACACGGUUGCUCAAGGCUAUAUUGAAGAUUCAAUGUGUAACAAAAGGAAAAUAACCCAACAGAUAACUCAUCAAUUACAAAUCCAACCAUCUACUUCUACUACACCUUCUACUUCUACUACACCAUCUACUGCAAUUUUACAACAUAAUAAUACUCAAUUGUCGCCACCAACUUAUUUACUGGCUGACUAUGGAUAUGAUGUAUGGUUGGGUAACGUCCGUGGAAAUACAUAUUCAAAAGCUCACAUUUCUUUAUCACCGAAUGAUGCAGAGUUCUGGAAUUACAGUUUUCACGAAAUCGGGGUAUAUGAUAUACCAGGUGUAGUUAAUUACAUUACAGUAAAAACACAAAUGCCCCUCAUUUAUAUCGGACAUUCAAUGGGAACAACUGUAGGAUAUGUAAUGGCUUCAGAACAUCCAGAUGUUGCAAAGCAAAUUAGUUUGAUGAUCAGUUUAGCGCCUGUUGCAUUCAUGAAACAUAUCAAAAGUCCAAUCAGACUUAUCGCACCAUAUGCACGUAAUAUCGCACUUCUAUCUCAUUUGAUGGGAAUUAAUGAAUUUUUACCUCACAAUGUUUUAAUUGAAUAUUUGGCUAAAUAUGGAUGUGAACUUGCAACGGUAGAAGAAAAAAUUUGUCGAAAUUCGAUGUUUGUCAUUUGUGGUUAUGAUAAAAGACAAUUUAAUGAGACAUGGCUGCCAGUGAUUUUGAGUCACACACCCGCAGGCGCCUCAACAAAGACCAUGGUUCAUUAUGCUCAAGAAAUCGUUUCUGGGCAAUUUCAAUUUUAUGACUAUGGACCAGAAAAGAAUUUACAAAUUUAUAACUCUACAUUUCCAUUGAAUUAUAAUUUAUCUGCUAUUCAUACGCCAAUUAUACUAUUUUAUGCUGACAACGAUUGGUUAGCUGCGCCAGUAGAUGUCAAAAUUUUAUCAACCAAAUUACCGAACGUACAAAGUAUUAACAAAAUAGAUUUUCCUGAGUUCAAUCAUCUGGAUUUUAUAUGGGGAAAAGACGCAAGAAAGUUACUCUACAAUCGUAUAAUUAGAUUAAUUAAUAAAUUUAUACUAGAAGAGUCUCCAAUAUUUAUGGAUUAAUUUUAUUAUUUUAUAUUAAUCUUUUAUUGAUGCGUUACUCAAGAAUGUAAGAUCACUA